GUGACCGUGUCCUGGGGGCGCGGGUCUCCUUCGAGGGGGCGACCCCCGAGGCCGUGGGGCGGCUGCUGGAGGGGGCCGGGGGGUGCCGCGUGUGGCUGCAGCUGCGCCGGGGGACCCCCGGGACCCCCCCCGGGACCCGCCCCGGGACCCCCCCCGGGACCCCCGAGGGACAGCGGGACCGAGCGGCCCGGCGGCCCCCGCCGGAGCCGCAGCCGCCCUCAGCGCCGCUCUCGGUGGAGCUGGCGCUGCCCAAGCUGCCGAAGAAGCUGCCGAAGCCCCGCGGCUCGUCCGGCCCGGAGCUGCCCCCGGUGCCCCCGGUGCCCCCGGUGGCCCCGGAGCCCCCUCGCCCGCCGCGGCCCCGCCUGACCGUGCGCGAAGCCGCCGCUGCCCGGACACCGCUGCCGGAGCCCCCCGAGCUGCCCCCGGGCCCCUCCGGGCCGCGCAUCCCGGCCGUGGAGCUGGCGGCUCCGGGGGGCUCGCUGGGGCUGAGCCCACCCCCGUGGGCAAAGGGGGGUGCCGCCGCGACCCCCGCUGCUGCCGGGGGGCAUGAGGAGGGGGCUCCGGGCGCUCGGGGGGGAUUCCCGACCCUCCGCGUCCCCUCCGUGCCCAUCGACGCCCCCAAAGCCGCCGUGGAGCUGCUCCCGGAGCUCGGCCUGGCCCGCCCGGAGCGCCGCGGGGGGAGCCCGGAGCGGUUCCCGGCGGGGCUGCGGGAGCUCAGCCGGGAGCUCAGCCGGGAGCUGGAGGCUCCGGCGGGGGGAAUCGCCCCGAAACCCCCCAAAUUCCGCCUGCCCCGCCUGGGCCGGGCGCUGGCCAAGCUGCGGGAGGGCGGCGGGGCCGCGCCGGUGCCGCCGCCCGGGAUCGCCGUUCCCAGCGUGGAGCUGGACCUGGGCCCGGUGGGCGACGCCGGGGCCAAGCUGAAGGUGCCCAAAUUGUCGCUGUCGCCGUUCGGUGACACCGAGGACGGGCCCCGCUCCGCCAUCGGGGCCGCCCCGGGCUCCCCCCGGCCCCGCGCUCCGCGUUUCGGCAUCGCGGCGGCGGCGCUGCCCAAAUUCGGGGGGUCCAGCCCCGACCUCCGCCCCGGGGGGACCCCCAAAGCUGCCCCGAAACGGGGGGGCAGCGCCGAGAGUCUGAUCCUGGGCUGGACGGCCCCGGAGCCCCCCGGGACCCUCCGCCCCAGGCCCAAACCCCGGAUCGCCAUCCCCGCCGUGGGGUUCGCCCUGCCGGGAGCGGCACCGGCACCAGAACCGGCACCGGGAGCGGCACCGGCACCGGGACCGGAGCGCCCCGAGCCCCGCCGCGCCCCGGAGCCGCCGCUGCUGAAGGUGCCGGUGCUGGAACUGGCACCGCCGGGCUUGGACGGCACCUCGGAACCGCCCGGGCGCCGUUUUGGGGUGAAACUGCCCAAAUUGGGGGCUGGCCCCUCCGGGAGGAUGAGGAGGGGCGGCUCCGAGCCCGGCCGGGAGGAAGGAGCCGCCCGCCACGGGAACCCCCGGCGCCGCCGCUGGGUGCCCCGGGUGGGCUUCACCCCCUGGGUGGGCUUCACCCCCGGCGGGGCCUCGCCGGAGCCCCCCAGAUUGGGGAGGAGGCGCUUCCCCGACGUGGAGCUCUGCCCCGGGGACCCCCAAAGCCCCGGCAUUGGGGGGACCCCCAAAUUCCAGCUGCCGCAGCUGGUGCUGAGCCCCCAAAUCUGUGGCGAGCCAUGAGCCCCCCUCCCAACCUGGGGGGGCUUUGGGGACCCCCCCAGAGCGGUGACUGAGCUCCCCCAGACCCUCUCUAACUCCCUCCCUCCCGAAUUCCUAAUCCAGCUUUUUUUCUGGGGGGGCUUUGAGGUUUUGUGCCCAUUUUUGGGGUGUUUCUAUUAACCAGGGAAGGGGGGCACAAAGGUGCUGCCCCCCACCCCGGCCCCUCACGCUUCUUUUGGCCAGAAUAAACGUUAAUCCCAAAAAAAUCGGGAG